UGAGAAUUGAGUUGACUGAACUGAAUGGAUCUCACAAUCGUGAUUGCAAUAAUUGUAUCGUUUUUGGCAUGGUCCCAUUUCCGCCGGCGCCGGCAGAACCUUCCGCCGGGGCCAUACCCAUUUCCGAUCAUCGGAAACAUCCUCCAGCUCGGCCGGAACCCCCACAGGUCCCUCGCCGACCUCUCCAAAACCCACGGCCCUCUGAUGUCUCUCAAGCUCGGAAACUCACUCACCGUCGUCGCCUCGUCGCCGGAAAUCGCCAAACUACUCCUGCAGGAGCACGACCAAGCCUUCUCCGGCCGCACCAUCCCCGCGGCGGCGGAGGCGCACGACCACCACAAGCACUCGAUGGCGCUGAUACCGGCGGGGGAGAGGUGGAGGAAGGCGCGCAAGCUCUGCAGGGAGCGGAUGUUCUCGACUCGGCAGCUGGACGCCGGCGCGGGGCUCCGGGCGGAGAAGGUGCGGAAGCUGCUGGACUACACGCGCGGGUGCAGCGCGCGUGGGCAGGCCGUUGACGUCGGGGAGGCGGCGUUCGUGACGGCAUCGAAUCUGCUGACUGCGACGCUCUUCUCCGUUGACCUUAUCGAGUUUGAAUCGGACGCGACGCAGCAGAUGAAGGAGGCGAUUGAGGGGGUGACGAAGAUUUUGGGGGCUCCGAAUGUGGCCGACUUUUUUCCGAUUGUGAAGCGGUGGGACCCGCAGGGGAUCAAGAAGCGGUCGGAGGUUUGCUUUGGGAAAGUGCUUGGUGUUUUGGGAGGGAUAGUUAAGGAGAGAUUGGAAUGGAGAUGUAUGCAAUUGGAGAGGAAGAAUGAUUUGCUUGAUGCGCUUGUUGAUCUCAUGGAGGGGACUGAGUAUGACUUGAGCUUCAAGGACAUUCAACAUAUACUUCUGGACUUAUACCUUGGAGGGUCAGAUUCAACUCAAUGUACAGUGGAAUGGGCAAUGACAGAAUUACUAUCGAAUCCCACGAAGAUGAGUAAUGCCAAGAAUGAGCUGAGAAGAGUGAUAGGAGAAAAGAAGCAAGUGGAAGAAUCGGACAUAUCAAGACUCCCAUACCUGCAAGCACUGAUCAAAGAGACCUUACGGCUCCACCCGCCAGGUCCGCUUUUGGUCCCUCGGCGGGCGGAUCAUGAAGUCGAGAUCAUCGGUUACAAUAUCCCAGAGAAUGCUCAAAUAUUCGUCAAUGUUUGGGCUAUAGGUAGGGACUCGAGUGUUUGGGCCAAUCCUAGUUCGUUUGAGCCGGAGAGAUUCUUGGACAGCAAUAUAGGGUUCAAGGGCCAUGAUUUUGAGCUUAUUCCAUUCGGAUCGGGGAGAAGAAUGUGCCCGGGUUUGGCGUUGGCCGAUAGAAUGUUGCAUCUUAUGUUGGGGUCAUUGCUUCAUAGUUUCGAUUGGAAAGUGGAAGGAGUGGUUGACACAACGGAGGAGUUUGGAAUGGCAUUGCAUAAGGCAGUCCCCCUCAAGGCUAUUCCAGUUCACUGUUAAUGAGAUGGCUUACUCUUUGUACAAGAUGGAGUUGUAGAUGGGAUGGUGAACCAAUUCUUUUGGAUGCUAUUGAACUCGUGAUUAUGGCUUGUUUAUUUGCCAUGUAAUAUGAUUCUGUUAUUUUAAUUCUUAUUAUUAAAAUGCAAACUAUGAAUAUUAAUCUUUUACAUUAUGUCUAUGAAUCAUACUAUGUUUCUGGUGA